UCAUUAAGAAGUCACUGUAUUGUGUGACGUUAAUAUGGGUAUAGAAAGCUAGCAUCAUUACAGGCAAGGAGUUAUGCUGCGUUCACACGCUCCACGGAAACUCCUUCGUAGUACUUUGACUUCUCAGUUCGGUGAACGGUUAUCCGUAUUGUCACUCUUCCCUCUUGGAAGCACUCGUCUCAGCACAACAACCAGCAUGGCUCCUCAAAAGAACAGAGUAUUCGUCAUUGGAGUGGGAAUGACAAAGUUUGAGAAGCCAGGAAAAGAAGACUUUGACUAUCCCGACAUGGCAAAGAUAGCAGGCGAGAGGGCCUUGUCUGAUGCUGGAGUCCCCUACUCUGCUAUAGAGCAAGCCUGUGUGGGCUAUGUGUAUGGUGACUCUACCUGUGGCCAGAGGGCCAUCUACCACAGCCUUGGCCUGUCAGGGAUCCCCAUCAUCAACGUCAACAACAACUGCUCCACAGGCUCCACUGCCCUGUUCAUGGCCCGACAGCUAAUCCAGGGAGGUCUGGUUGACUGUGCACUAGCCCUUGGCUUUGAAAAGAUGGAGAGAGGCUCCUUGUCAUCAAAGUUCAUGGACAGGACUAACCCCAUGGACAAGCAUAUGGAGGUGAUGUUCAACACAUAUGGGAUGGCAGCAGCACCGGCAGCACCACAGAUGUUUGGCAACGCGGGCAGAGAACACAUGGAGAAAUACGGUACUACACCAGAGCACUUUGCUAAAAUCGCAUGGAAGAACCACAAGCAUUCCACCAACAACCCGUACUCUCAGUUCCAGGAUGAGUACAGUCUGGACCAGGUCAAACAGUCCAGGAAGGUGUUUGAGUUCCUUACUCUUCUCCAGUGUUGUCCUACCUCUGACGGUGCAGGGGCAGCUGUCCUGGCCAGUGAGGGCUUUGUGAGGCGCCAUGGUCUAGAGCACCAGGCGGUGGAGAUCUUAGCCCAGGAGAUGGUCACGGACCUCGCAACUACCUUCGAAGACAAUAGCUGCAUGAAGAUGGUUGGAUACGACAUGACCUCCCUGGCAGCCAAGAAGUGUUUUGAGACGGCGGGCCUGAAACCCAGUGACGUCAAUGUGAUCGAGCUACAUGACUGUUUCUCUGCCAACGAGCUGAUCACGUACGAGGCUCUGGGGUUGUGCCCAGAGGGUAAGGCUGGAGAGCUGAUAGACAGAGGAGACAACACGUACGGAGGCCAGUGGGUGGUCAACCCCAGCGGAGGACUCAUCUCUAAAGGACACCCUCUGGGAGCCACAGGUCUGGCCCAGUGUGCGGAGCUGUGCUGGCAGCUGAGAGGCCAGGCUGAGAGGAGGCAGGUCCCAGGGGCGAAGGUGGCCCUACAGCACAACAUCGGCCUGGGAGGAGCUGUGGUCGUCACUCUCUACAGGAUGGGGUUCCCUCAGGAUGCCAGUUCCCAGAUAGCGGCUGUCCCCACCAGAGCAGAACGUCUGGAGGGCUUCAGAGUCUAUUCUGUCUUCCAGGAGAUAGAGAACAAACUACAGGAGGAAGGAGUAGACGUUGUGAAGAAGAUUGGAGGAGUUUUUGCCUUCAAGGUGACAGAUGGACCCGAGGGGAAAGACGCUCUGUGGGUCGUAGACGCGAAGAAUGGACACGGCUCCGUGAGCAACGAUGCUGAUAAGAAGGCUGACUGCACUAUCACCAUGGGAGAUGAAGACUUAAUGAAGCUGAUGACAGGCAAGAUGAAUCCACAGACGGCAUUCUUCCAGGGCAAGCUGAAGAUCGCAGGAAACAUGGGCAUGGCCAUGAAGCUUCAGAGUCUGCAGCUGGUGCCAGCCAAAGCCAAGCUGUGAUUGGCUGAUAGACCCUCAGCUCUGGAACUUCUGCCAUUCUCUCACCCCUCCCCAUAUGCACAUUCUCUCACCCUUCCCCUCACCCCUUUCUCACCCCUCACCCCUCCUCUCACCCCUCACCCCUCAUUUCA